CCUCCUUCCUCCCCUGCCCCCGUCCUCUAACUCUGGCCCUCUCCCCGCACUCCCUGUGCCCUCGUCUCCCCGGACUCGCUGCUGCCGCUGCUACUCGGGGCUAUGGUUCCGGGCGAGGCGGGCGCUGCCGUUGAGUCGGCGUCGCUCGCGAAUGGCGACAACAACAAGAGGACGGCGGCGGCGGCGGCCGCGGCUCCGGCGGGGAGCACCGGCGUGGCAACCGCGUGGCUCAUCUUCUACAACGUGGCCAUGACGGCAGGAUGGAUCGUGAUGUCGGGGGUGAUGCUGAAGCACGCGCUGCUGCAGGGCACCGUGCGCGGCAUCUACCGCAGCGUCGAGAAGCCGCUCAAGCUCUUCCAGACCGCGUCUGUCCUCGAGGUCCUGUACUCCUUUUUCGGCAUCGUGCCGUCGAGUGUGACGCUCAAGGCGUUCCACGUGUCCUCGCGAAUCUUCCUACUGUGGGCCGUGGUGCACAGUGUGAGAGAGGUGCAGAACGAGGAGAGCACGCUGCUGUUCAUCGUGACGUGGAUGGUGACGGAGAUCGUGCGCUACUCCUUCUAUACGUUCACGCUUCUGCAGUACAUCCCGUACUGUGUCAAGUGGGCGAGAUACUCGUUCUUCAUUGUGCUCUACCCAUUGGGUGUACUGGGCGAGCUGCUGACGAUCCACGCGGCGCUGCCCCACGUGCAGCGCAAGGGGCUCUACUCCAUCACGAUGCCCAACGCGCACAACUUCUCCUUCGACUACCACACCUUCCUCAUUGCCAUCAUGAUCGCCUACGUGCCUGGCUUCAUUCAGCUCUACACGCAUCUGUUGCGGGAGAGGCGGCUGGUACUGAGAGUCACGCAGGAGCAGAAGGUUGACUGAGCCUUUCCGCGCGGAACCCCCCGACCCCAACUGUGACCCCGACCCCGCCGCGCAUGAGCUCGCGUGUGUUUUGCAUGGUCUCGCAGAGAGUGAGCUCCUACUUGAAUCGUGAAUUGGA